AUGAGUGGCAAAGGAAACAGAAUCAAUAGAGCAGAGAGUGGUUCAGAUAUCGUUAAAAUAGGGCCCUAUGUGCGUGUUUACUACCUCUCCCUGGAGUUCUACAUGGGCCGUACCUUGCAGAACACUAUGGUGAACCUGACACUGGAGAACGCUUGUGAUGAAGUCACGAUUCAGCUGGGUCUGGAUAUUGAGGAGCUGCAGGAGAUGGAGGAAGAUGCUGGACUGGGUCGUCUUGCUGCUUGCUUCCUGGACUCUAUGGCUUCUCUUGGCCUGGCUGCCUACGGUUAUGAUCGCUAUGAGUUUGGUAUCUUCAACCAGAAAUUAUCUAGUGGCUGGCAGGUGGCCAUUCAGCUGAAUGGCACUCACCCUGCCUUAGCUAUCCCGGAGCUGAUGAGAGUGCUGGUUGACGAAGAGAAACCACUAUGGGAUAAGGCGUGGGACAUAUGUAUCAAGACCUGCGCCUACACCAAUCACACUGUGCUGCCUGAGGCUCUGGAGCGCUGGCCUAUUGACCUCUUCCAGACCUUGCUACCACAGCACAUCGAGAUCAUCUAUGAAAUCAAUCGCUGCCAUCUGGAGGUCCAUCUUUAA